CCUCAUUCGGUUGCCUGACCAUCACUCGCCAGCACCCGGGUACACAUUUUCCUAAAAUGCCAAACAUUUUAUUCAAUCAAACCUUGUUUGGGAGAUACUUGACAUGUUCGGAUUAUAGUCCGAAUAAGUAAUUCGACACUCUGCUGCUUAAUUUAUCAUUGUAAUCCCUCUGUUUACUGUCAUGCGCUGCAUCUAUCCAGAUAUUCCGUGGGCACAGCAGGAUUGAUGCCUCACAACAAGAUAUCAUGGAUCUCCACGAAUCAGUUACCCACAAGAACGGGAGGCAGAGGAAGCCUGUUCUCUCCACAGACGACAUGAGAAACCAGGAGGCCAAGUCCUCGGACAUGGACACAGAGGAGGAAGAAGCACUACUGUGGACUGAGGAGGAGAACAACACUAAGACGCGUAAAGGCAUCAGAGAAGAGCUGGGAAGUGUCCUGCUCCUACUUUUCCUGUACGUCCUCCAAGGCAUCCCUCUGGGUCUAGCGGGCAGCAUCCCGCUCAUCAUGCAGAGCAAGAACGUCAGCUACAAGGACCAAGCGUACUUCAGCUUCGUCUUCUGGCCCUUCAGCCUCAAGCUGCUGUGGGCUCCUCUGGUCGACGCCAUUUACUUCCAGAAGUUUGGACGCAGGAAGUCGUGGAUGGUCCCCACGCAGUACCUGCUGGGCAUCUUCAUGCUCUACCUCUCCGUCACCGUGGACUCCCUCCUGGAGAGCGAGGGGCACAAGGGGCCGGACGUGAUCACACUCACCGCCGUGUUCUUCAUGCUGGCCUUCCUGGCGGCCACCCAGGACAUCGCGGUGGACGGCUGGGCGCUGACCAUGCUGUCCAGGGAGAACGUGGGCUACGCGUCCACCUGCAACUCGGUGGGCCAAACGGCCGGCUACUUUCUGGGUAACGUGCUCUUCCUCGCCCUGGAGUCGGCUGACUUCUGCAACAAGUACCUGAGGUUCGAGCCCCAGGAGAAAGGCAUCGUGACUCUCUCAGACUUCUUGUUCUUCUGGGGGAUUGUGUUUCUGGUCUCCACCACCCUUGUUGCCAUCAUCAAGAAGGAGAACAGCCCACAGCAACUCAAGAAGAAGCGCAAGGAGGAAACGCAGGGUGUCAUGGAAACCUACAAGCUUCUCUUCUCCAUCGUGAAGAUGCCAACCGUCUUCACAUUUUGCAGCCUACUACUGACGGCUAAGAUUGGUUUUUCAGCAGCAGAUGCAGUGACUGGGCUGAAGCUAGUGGAAGCGGGCGUUCCUAAAGCCCAGCUAGCCCUCCUGGCUGUACCCAUGGUACCACUGCAGAUCCUCCUGCCCCUCAUCAUCAGCAAGUACACGGCGGGUCCCAGACCUCUGGAUGUCUUCUACAAGGCCUUCCCAUUUAGGUUGCUGAUUGGUUUGGAGUAUGCGCUGCUGGUGUGGUGGACGCCUAGUGUGAAACAAGAGGAGGGUUUCCCGGUGUACUAUUACGCUGUGGUGCUGCUGAGUUACGCCCUUCAUCAGGUGGCACUGUAUAGCAUGUAUGUGGCCACUAUGGCCUUCCACGCUAAGGUCAGCGAUCCAGUCAUUGGUGGAACGUACAUGACGCUGCUCAACACUGUAACCAACCUGGGGGGAAACUGGCCCUCCACCCUGGCCCUGUGGCUGGUGGAUCCCCUCACCUCGAAGGAGUGCCAGGGAGCGCCCAGCCUGUCCUGUGGCUCUCCAGAGGAGGCAGAGCUCUGUGUAAAGGAGGGUGGCACGUGUUUGACUGUUCUAGACGGGUACUACGUGGAGUCAGUGGUCUGUGUCGUGAUCGGCCUUCUCUGGUGGCUGUUACUGGGCAAGAAGCUACGGCGCUUACAAGAUGAAAGUCCACAAGCGUGGCACUGCAAAUCAUCCAAGUAGACAAGAAGUGCAGCUACAACUGGCAUUAUUAUAAGGUUGCUCAACAAUACGUACUCCACUCCACGCCACACAAGACGUCACAAUGGCUUUUCUCUUUUAUGUUCAUCCGCACAAUGCAUACAUCAGACGACUCAUGACUUAAUGGGAUGCAACAUUUCCUCACUUUGCUAUUACCUCCAUAUAUGUCAACAAAUACUGUAACAUCUAGAUCUGUUCAUAGCAAUAUCAAAGAGGACUAUAUGCCGUAGACUUAACUCUUGCAUUUACUCAAUUACUUCAGUGGAUGUGCCUUGCUCGUUCGGUCUUUCAUGCCAUUUCUGUGGGUUUUACUCACAACACAGCGCUACAGUUCUACAAUUGCAUGAAAUUUUAUAGGUUAAGAAAACUACAGUCAAUGUAUUGAUGCCACUACUACAUGAAAUGAACAUCCUUUUUUUUUUAUAGCAGAAACAAUGGUUACAGGCUGUAACUUACAGCACAUUGCUUGUUUUUCUACUCACCUUGUGGUGCAUUACACAAUUGUCAUGUUUAAUUCUCAAAACCAAGUAUAGUUUUUUUGUACUGUAGGGAAUGUAGUACGAUGGGACAAGACACAUCAUCAAGGUUUGCUGCAGCAAUGAAAUAGAUCUUAGGAACAAUAGAAUACUGGGACAUUAGAAUACUGGAACAUUAGAAUACUGGAACAUUAAAACAUUAGAACAUUAGAACAUUGGAACAUUCGGAAACUGUGAGUCUGCACACAUGGCAUAAUAUGCACUCGUGCUGUCACUGAAACUUAAGUUUCAGCUGACGGCAGUAUAUCUCAAGACCAGCAUCUUUAAAGGGAAAUGCCUAAGGAGUCAAUCAUUAUUCACCACUGCUUUUAUGUAUAUUUUUUAUUGUAGGUUUUUUUUCCCAUUUAUUGAAAUGUACAAUAUAAUUUCCAUACCUACAGUCAUUUCUGCUCAGUUCCACACCCAAGUGUGACUUGAAAUGUUAACUUUGUGUCUAAAUUUUAUUUUAAAGCAAUAUCCAAAGCUUUUGCCAUGCCAGUAUGUUUGAAAAUAUUUCAAACCACCACCCAACAGAUAAAACACUUUUGUGACAUACCAAAUGUGUGAAAAAAAUAUGGCGCCAAAUAACUGUAGUCUUGUAGG